AGAGAGAGGUGGGGUCCAUGAGAAAGCAGCAGAACGGAUAUAUAAAGUGUGGAACCGGCUGGGGUGAAAGGAGAACAGGCAGCUCACUUCACAACCAUACAACAUGUCUCAGCCAGGGGAGGUGAAAAAAAAGAAGCGUCCGCCUGUGAAAGAGGAGGACCUGAAAGGAGCCCGCAGUAAGCUCGGCCUGAAGGGCGAGGUUAAGAGCAAAACGUACGAAGUCAUGGUGGAGUGCGAGCGCAUGGGCAAAGUAGCUCCAUCCGUGUUUAGUGGGUUGCGUUCGGGAGCAGAGACGGCCAUCGAACAGCCCAAAGCUCCAGCAGGCAGUGUGUUUGGCAAGUGAUGACACCAGCAAAGCACCAGCAAACCGAUGACAUCAAUAAAGACCAAAUAGAAAAGCAUGACUGGAAUGGCUGAGUGGUGGUGCCCCGUGGGCCUCCGAAUAUAACCACUGAAUUUUAUAGUUGACGUAUUGAUGUCCAGAGGUACGAUGAGUGAAAUGGACUGUCACUGAUUUCUUCUAAUUGAUAAUUAUUGAUUAUUAUUGAUAUGCUUAUUACUUUUUCCUAAUUGCAUUGCUUGGUGAUUUUAUGCUUGUAAGGUGCAAUUUCUAGUCAUGUUUUAUACAUUAAAAUCCUAAAUGGCACA